AUACGGGUACAAAGUUAACGAUAGAUUAUUUAAUCACUUUCUUCAGCCAAAACUUUAUUUGUCACCGAAAAUCACUAUUCCACGAAGAUGUCUCUGAAGUUUAUAACCUUCGCUAUUUUAGCAUUCCUCGGAUUGAAGAUCGUAGAAGCUCAAAACGAUAAAUGCGUAAUAAAAGAAGGGAUAGGUGAAUCAAAUACAUGGAGAACUAUAGCAAGCAUAUAUCGGUUUGGAGCGAAGGAUAUUUUAACUAUCAGCAACUGCAAAGGGACUGUGGAAGCUUAUAUUGCCCGUAAUCGUCCAAUAACUAUGCAUUCUGUAAAUGGCAAAUCCGUCGUUAUAAAUAGCGGCUUAAAUGUAGGAGACAUGUUGGAUUUCGGACCUGCUCAAACUCAAGGUAAAAUUACGGAGAAAGGUAAAAUUGGUGCAACGGUAUGGUUUAAGAUUGCUAUAGAUAACAGGAAUAAAGAUCUAAUUUCGUUCAGUGUAGGAAAGUCACCCUUCGUUCUCAACCUCUCCUUCAAGAAAGACUAACGAACAGAAGAAUCAUAUUAUUAUAUGAUAUACCAAAUUAACCAACAGCGAUUUUUUGUUCUUACAUUCAUUAAUAACACAUUGGAAUUAAUGUAAGGGAAAAUGGGUGCUUAAUAUUACUAAAAGGGGAAUUCAUUUUAUAUAUUUAUAAUACCAAA